UUUAGACUGCCAUCUUAUUGUCACGAUAGUCCGGUGGCGAGUUCGGUGAACUUCAAGUUGCUCUUUGAUCACCAUAGCAAAGACCAUGACAAUAGAUCAUGAACCUCAGACCUGACCUUGGUCGACUGUAUCUCGUCGCUGUUACAAAGUGCAGGAAUCAUGGCUUCUUUGAACGAUGCAAUCAAUACCUUUUGUCUGCCUCGAUCUGUUCCAACUUCCCAGCACCAACUUCUCUGAAUAAAUAUGAGGCGGAGGGUAAUCUGAUCAAUGUCUCGCUUUACGACCCCACAGCUGACUGGAGCAGCUGUUGCUUAUUAUUUUGACAGGACGACUCAUCAAGACAGUAUGACAAGCACCCGCCCCAAUCGCCCACCUCUUGCACCAUUGGACCCUUUCACACUGAGACCACAAGUCCCAUUGAAGCAUAACCACUCGCCAACGACCGUACCACCAUACCCAUUCAUCGAGUGUCUCCUGAGUCCCGAAUCACCUGAGUCACCUCUGGAUAUCCGUUCUCGGCCUGUCCCCGCACUUAUCCACCGCACGCCCCUCGUACACCACCGGCCGCUGCGGCUCCAACGGCCAAAAAAAUGCCGGAGUGCUGAACAGGAUGACAUUGACGAGAUCAUGUGCUUCCUGAAGCGCGUCUCGCGCUGCAUGAUGCAUGUGUACCAGGUGAUACUGGCAGUUUUAACAUCGAUUUUUCAUGCAACGAUUUCCACGGUUCAAUGGUUUUCCGUCGUUGCUUUUAUGAUUGAAAUGAUGAUGAUGAGUACUCCUUCCGUGUGGGGUGAUCAUGGGGGUGGCUUCAUAGGCCCGAUAGUCGAGCAGCUCACAACAGCGACUGUGACUAGUCACGUGCAGACUACUCUCGCACCAUAUCCCCGCGUUAGCGAAGCAGUGGUUCUGAACUUUCUAUCUGAGCAAAUAGACCACGCACAUAAUGUGUUAACGUUGGUCGAGGGACUAGGUGACGACGCGUUUUUUGCAUAUCAUCAUGCCAACGUGAAACGUUUUCUGAGCAGGUCCAGAGGAAACCCUCCAUCUGAGGGAAGUAAGACAGAAGUUGACUUAACUGUCAACUUGAGGGGUCUUGACUCUACUCUCAUCCAAACCCUAUCCCCGCACGGUUUCAUUGGAAGAACGAUCUCCCAUGCCCUAGAUGAAGUGACAUAUCACUCUAAGCGCAGUCAAGCGGGCUUUCCUAUAAGAAGAAGUACCAUCCGGGAAUCACGUCUAGAUAGCGUGUACCUACUGGCAUCUUCUAAUCUACUUCUCGAAUACUCGUCCAUUUUGUCAAAAACGGAGAACAUUAUACCUGACUUGGGAGCUCUCCAUCGCCAGCUAUCACGCAAUCUUCCAGAACUUCUCGCGAGCAUGCGAAGCCAAGCAGCUGCUCCAAAACGCUCGAUAUGGGGCGUUUUUGCCGGUCGAAGACUGAAUCCCAGAGCCGUUGAAGAAGAAAGCCUGGAGGCCUUUGUUGCGGGCUUGGAGACUGUCCUUGUCAACCUGCGACAGCUCAAAGCUUACCUGGAAUGGAUCACGGACCAACUAAGUCAAAGAACUCUCUUAUCAAGCGCCUCGAGCGCGUUAUCAUCUAGUCACCCUUCCUGUUCAUCUGCGCUUAGGGAUCUGUCGGAUCGUGCAAGCAGAGCCUCAAAGAAAUCGAAUAGCUGCUGCCGUUGCCCAACCUCUGGAAAGGACUCGCCAACGGCUCCGGCCAGGGUGGAAUUCAAUAUCCCUGGCAGUCCCACACUGCCAACAGUGAAAUGAUUCGUUAGGCAACAUCAAAGUGGUUAACCUUACAUUAUAAGUAUGCUAAUUAUGUAACAGUAUGAUAUUAUCCUGCUAUUAAUGAAGUACUUUCUUAAAGAUUGAAUAUUGAAUAUCAAAUUAUCUUGCUCGCAAGAUUGAUACACAAAAUAGUGUCCG